AUUGUAAAAGCAAAGUGGAAGAAUCUUAAAGACAAAUUUAGAGUAGAACUUCAAAAAAUUCCUGUUGUAAGGUCUGGAGCAGAAGGCAGAAGUUACAAGCCAAAAUGGCCAUAUUUUGAAUUAAUGUUAUUUGUAAAAGACUCACUUAUUCCAAGUGUAACAAGUGGAAAUCUUCCUACUCAUAUGACUUCUGAGACUCGUUCCGAAAUAGAUGACUCUAUCGAAAUUGGAAAUUACGAAGAAAAUAGUACUGACGGGCUUCUUUCAGAAACACCUGCCUCUUUUUCUUCAAAUGAAUUUUCAACACCCUCUUUGAAAAAAAAGUGUGAGAAACGACGUGUUGAAGACAUGGACUAUGAUCCUUUUUUGAAAAUAGAGCAACAAAAACUAGUUCUUAUUAGAGAAGAGCAAAAUAGGGACUCAACUAUGACGAAUAAUCCUGAGUACCACUUUUUAAUGAGUCUGUUGCCUUAUUUUGAAAAAUUAGAUGCUUUGGAAAAGUUACAACUAAGAGCAAAUAUUCAAAAUGUAGUUUUCCAAACAUUACAACAUAAAGAAAUCGAAAAAGAAAGGGCAAUGAUGUACAUUCCACCACAAACGAUUUCGUCUCAGAAAGAAACUUACCACCAGUUUCCACAAAACACAGGGCAAAAUUUAAGUACUCCAAAUAUGUAUACUCAAAAUAUUUACAAUUAA